UCAAACCCUUUCAUAUUCAAUUCAAUUCACUUCAAUAACUAAAACCCUUCAAUUUUUUUCAUUCAUCAGUUUCAUUUACACCCACAAAACCAAAUCAAUCAAACAUCAACAACACCCACAAUCUUCAAUGGCUUCUAAAACUGUUGCUAAGGAUAUCAUUACUCUUCGUGGCUCGGCCGCAAUCGUAAGCGAGUUCUUUGGGUACGCAGCAAAUAGUAUAUUGUAUAAUCGAGGGGUAUACCCAGAAGAAAGUUUUGGGAAAGUGAAGAAAUAUGGAUUGCCAUUGCUUCUUACUCAAGAUGAAGGUGUUAAAUCUUUCAUUGCUAAUCUUACUGCUCAACUUUCAGAAUGGCUUGAAGCAGGGAAAUUACAGAGGAUUGUUCUGGUGAUAAUGAGUAAAUCUACAAAUGAAGUUCUUGAAAGAUGGAAUUUCAGUAUAGAGACUGAUAAUGAAGUUGUAGAAACUGGGGUAUCAAGGGAAAAGAGUGACAAAGAAAUAAUGAGGGAAAUACAAGCAAUUAUGAGGCAGAUUGCUUCUAGCAUCACUUACUUACCUUGCCUUGAUGAACCAUGUGUUUUCGACGUGUUGGCGUACACUGACAAGGAUGUAGCUGCUCCUCUCACUUGGAUUGAGAGUGAUCCCAAAUUGAUUUCCAACCCCCAAAUGGUGAAAUUACAUUCUUUUGAUACCAAGAUUCACAAGGUUAACACUUUAGUAUCUUACAAGAAUGAUGAUGAUGAUGAAUUGGAUGAACAAUAAUCGCUGACAGUCUGUGAUUUUGGAGAAAAAUCGAAUGAACUACGAAGCAUUAUGUUUGUUUUCUAGUAUGUGUCAAUGUGGUAAUGUGAAUCAUUGAUUCACAAUUUUGUAUCUGGGAUUUGAAGUUUGUAAUUUUGUAUUACUAUCAGUCACUGCCCUUCCAAAACUAUUACCAGUGUUAUAUGGAGUACUAUGUAUCUAAAAGUGUUGGAUUGAAGUUGAUCCAAUGUUAGCUGUGAUUGUGACUUGUGAGAAUACAGAAAACUGCAUUCAUCAGUCUUUCCCUGAAUGUUAAACCACUAAGUAGAUAAUUGCAAGUUUCGUUUAGCUAGAAUUCACCAGUCUUUCCCUGAAUGUUAAAUACAGAUGCACGAUCAUUGCAGAUGUACUAAAUUUGCAGAAAUUUUAUUCAUGUUUGAAAUAGAAAUGCUCAUUGUAUAAGACUGCAUAUGUUUAUAACUGUCAUUAAGAAACUAGU